GCGUUCGCGGCGGGGCCGGCCCGGGAGCCCAGCUUUCCCCUCGGUGGCGCCUGAAGAUGGAGCGGGUCUCGGGGGCCUGGGCCCUCCUGUGGGCGGUGUUGGCUGCGGCGCACGCCUUCCGGAUGGAGAUCUCGCCGGAGUCGCCCGUCAUGGCCCCGAUCGGCACAGCCGUCUCGCUGACCUGCCGGGCGGACGGCUGCGCGGCGCCCGCCUUCUCCUGGCGGACCCAGAUCGACAGCCCGCUGGGCGGGCGGGUGCGGAGCGCCGGGCCGGCGUCCACGCUCACCAUGGACCCCGUGGGCUUCGGGAACGAGCACUCGUACCUGUGCACGGCCGCCUGCGGGGCCCGGAAGGCGGAGCGGGGCGUGGAGGUGCACGUCUACUCUUUCCCCAAGGCCCCGGAGAUCCACCUGCCCAGCCCCCUGCGGCUGGGGCAGCCGACCACGGCCACCUGCCUGGUCCCCGACGUCUACCCGUUCGACAGGCUGGAGGUGGAGGUGCUGAAGGACGGCCGAGUCUUGAGAAGCCAGGAGUUCCUGGAGCCCAUGGAGAGCAAGUCCCUGAAGAACAUGAGCGUGGAGGUGACCUUCACGCCCACCCGGGAGGACUCGGGGAAGGCCCUCGCGUGCCGAGCCACGCUGCACAUCCCCGAGGUGGCCGAGGAGCUCCGGAGGAGGGAGAGCACCAGGGAGCUGCAGGUGUACGUCUCGCCCACGAACACCACCGUGUCGGUGAGCCCCUCGGCCCGGCUGCAGGAGGGCGGCUCGGUGACCAUGGCCUGCGCCAGCCGGGGCCUGCCCGCGCCGCGGGUCUCCUGGAGCAGGCAGCUGGCCGGCGGGCGCCUGCAGCCGCUCUCCGGGAACGCCACGCUCACGCUGGUCGCCAUGAGGGCGGAGGACUCCGGGGUUUACGUGUGCACGGCGGGGAACCUGGCUGGCGAGGACCGGAAGGAGGUGGAGCUGCUUGUCCAGGAGAAGCCGUUCGCGGUGGACGUGGGCCCCCGGCCCCGGGUGGCCGCCCGGAUCGGCGGCGCGGUCACGCUGACGUGCGGGGCCGCGGGCUGCGAGGCGCCGGCCUUCUCCUGGCGGACCCAGAUGGACAGCCCGCUGGGCGGGCGGGUGCGGAGCGAGGGGCCCCGGUCCACGCUGACGCUGAGCCCCGUGGGCUUCGAGCAUGAGCACUCGUACCUGUGCACGGUGACCUGCGGCCGCAGGAAGCUGGAGAAGGGAGUCCAGGUGGAGCUCUACUCGUUCCCCAGGGACCCGGAGAUCCAGACGGGCAGCGUGCUGGUGAGCGGCAGCCCGGCCACCGUGAGCUGCCAGGUGCCCGAGGUGUACCCGCUGGAGCGGCUGGAGAUGUGGCUGCUGAAGGGGGGCCACGUGGUGAGGAGUGAGAACUUCCUGAUGGGUGCCGACCAGAAGUCCCUGGAGACCGGCCGCCUGAACGUGACCUUCGUCCCCACCACCGAGGACACAGGCGAGGCUCUCGUCUGCGAGGCCCGGCUGCGCCUGGAGGAGCUGGACAUGGAGGCCAUGCAGCGGCAGAGCUCACAGACGCUCCACGUGAACAUUGCCCCCAGCAACACCAGCAUCCUGGUGAGCCCCUCCCCCACCCUGGAGGAAGGCAGCUCGGUGGCGAUGACGUGCUCCAGCGAUGGCCUCCCCGCGCCCGGACUCCGGUGGAGCCGGCGGCUUCCCAACGGGCAGCUGCAGUUCCUUUCUGAGAACACAACGCUCACCUUGACUUCUGCCAGGAGGGAAGAUUCUGGUGUUUACGUGUGUGAAGCGAGCAGUCUGGCCGGGAUAAGCAGAAGUGAAGUUGAAUUAAUUAUCCAACAAGUCGCUCCAAGAGACAUUCAACUUAUAGCGUCUCCUUCUGAGAGCGUCAAGGAAGGAGACACGGUCAUCAUCUCCUGCACGUGUGGAAAUGUUCCCAAAGCCUGGAUCAUCCUGAAGAAGAAAGCUGAGUCCGGGGACAUGGUGCUCAAGUCCAUAGGAGGCGCCUACACCAUCCACAAGGCCCAGUUAGAGGACGCGGGCGUGUACGAAUGUGAAUCCAAAAACGAGCGCGGCCUGCAGUCCCGAAGUAUCACCCUUGAUGUGAAAGGGAGAGAAGGGGACAAGGACUACUUCUCGCCCGGGCUCCUCGUGCUGUACUGCGCGUCCUCCUUACUCAUCCCCGCCAUCGGGAUGAUCGUCUACUUCGCGAGGAGGGCCAACAUGAAGGGCUCCUACAGCCUGGUGGAAGCACAGAAAUCCAAGGUGUAGCCGGCAUUUGCCAUGCUCCGCCACAGACACUCUCAGCCUGGAGCCUUUAUCCCACCCAUCCCACCCAUCCCACCCAUCCCAUCCCAUCCCACGGGAAAAGCCAGGGGCCGAGUCCUGGCUUCUGGACGCGGUGGACUCUCAGAGGAGACUGUGGACUCUCAGAGGAGACGGCUGCCCAAGCUUCUCGCUGUGGCCCAAAGCCCAGGGCAGACUUCCGGCCUGGGACACGGGCAGGAGCCCGGAGGUGUGUGGCCCGGAGCAGUCCCUCGAUGCGUACAUACAGCACCGGGACCUGUACAUAUGUCACAUAGGAUUAGGCCCGAGCGAGAUUGCUCGGAGCAGCAGCACCUGCGAGGGAGAGCUUUGACAUGACUCAGCAGCGUCGCCUGGACUAGUUGGUCUAACUUAAUGCAUCUUAGGAAAAUUUAAUGUUAACAUGGACUGGCAGCUGACCUAUGUCAUCUUUUUAUACUUUAUUCUCCUCCCUAUAACAAAAUUGGAUUCCUAUCAAGUUCACAGACAACAAUGUCAUGUUUGUUAAAAAAAAAAAAAGCCAGGGUUUUAUAUGUUACAGGCAGAUGAUGAACCGACAGGGCACAGGGUUGACUUUCAGGUACUAAAGCGUCAACCUCUGGUGUCAUGGGUGUCUGGUCUCUCUGGGCGGUACUGACAUGGUACGGAGAUGUUUGAUGUUGUUUGUUCAGCCCCCGCUUGUGAAAUGUUCCCAAGGUGACCUGAUAAUGCAGCUUCCUUUAAUCUUCUUUUGUAAAUGUUUAGUCUUUUUGUACAGUAAAGCGAUCGUUUCUGGA